AAAUACCGUUCACGGGGAAGUCCCGCAUUCUUUAAAAUAAUAGAAAACUACUUUAUGGGUGCAUUAUAGUUACUUCGCCAUUUCGUGGUCGCCGACAAAGCGUCACUUCGGUUUCUUCAGGUUGCAAAAAUAUUCCACAGUAGAUAUUAUGCAAGCAAGGACAGAUGAAGCGACAAUGGAAGAACAUGCAGAAAUUGCCGAGCGGCCUGAGGCUGAGGCUGAUAUACGUAAAGGCGACUCGUACAUGUGUCACCACUACGAACGAGACACUUGCCUGAUUCACUUCAAAUGCUGCCCUGAAGAGUUUUGGUUCGCCUGCCACAAAUGUCACAAUGAGGCUCUGGGCUUGGUUGAGGACCUUGAAGAAAAAGGACGAGAGAAUGAGGAACCCGCAAUUGAUCAUUCAGACGAUAAUUACACGCAGGCGACUAGUAUCUCAGGGGAAAUGGAGAAUAGUUCCAACCAGGCUGAAACUAUCAGUGAACUCGAAGGUCUACACAAUGAUGCAUCAACUGGUGAUAAAGUGGAUAGAAAUGAGACUGUUACUGGUGAAACAUCACAUCAACCAUGUAAUACCGUGGAAGGAAGUAGUGAAGGAAAUACUUCAGUAAAUGAAACAGGUCUACAAGAUGAUCCAUCAACUGGUGAGAAAGUGACAACCAAUAAGACUCUUGCCGAUGGAACAUCAGACGAGCCAAGCAAUGACGAAGAGGGAAGAAGCGAAAAAAACACUUCAGUGAAUCAAACAGGUGUACACGAUGAUCCAUUGACUAGUAAGAUAGUGGAAAGAAAUAAGACUGUUACCGGUGGAAUAUCACAUGAAGCAAGGAAUGACGACGAGGGAAGUAGAGGAGAAGUUACUGCAGUAAAUGAAACAGAUCUACACGAUGAUCCAUCAACUAGUGAGAAAGUGGAAAGAAAUAAGACUGUUACCGGUGGAACAUCACAUGAACCAAGCAAUGACGAAGAUGGAAGUACUGAAGAAGUUACUGCAGUAAAUCAAACGGGUCUACACGAUGAUCCAUUGACUAGUAAGAUAGUGGAAAGAAGUAACACUGUUUCCGGUGGAACAUCACAUGAACCAAGCAAUGACGACGAGGGAAGUAGUCAAGAAGUUACUGCAGUAAAUCAAACGGGUGUACACGAUGAUCCAUCGACUAGUGAGAAAGUGGAAAGAAAAAAGGCUGGUACCGAUGGAGCAUCUCAUGAGCCAAGCAAUGAUGAGGAGGGAAGUAGUGCAGAAAGUGCUUCACAAGUCCCACUGGAUGCAACGUCACCUUCCCCUAAAGAAAUUAAGACGAGACAUUCGGUGGCUACUGCAGUGGAUGGAACUCGGCUCAAGUGUAAACAUUGUGGAAAAAAACAAGGGUUUUCCCAGAACUGUGUGUCGUGUGACAAGUCUUUUGCGACCUACUUCUGUGGCAAAUGCAAACUUCUCAUUGAAAAGAACGUCGAUCCUUACCACUGCGACGACUGCGGUAUAUGCAGGGGAAACAAGGCAGAUCACUUCCACUGUAAUGUCUGUAAUGUUUGCAUGGCACUGUCUCUAAAGGAAAACCAUAAAUGUUUUGCUGACAGAGGUCGUGAUAAGUGCGCAAUCUGUUUAGAGGCGGUCUUUUCAGGUGCUGUUAUUCUUCCGUGUCACCACAUGAUUCAUAAAGAUUGCGCUGAAAAGCUUUUUCUCUCUGGAAGCGAUUUAUGUCCUACGUGCCGUAGAAAGAUCUUCCAAGGGGACGACGAGGCAGUGAUCGUGGAAGAGACAGCUCAGCAGACUCCUUCCAUUGAAGGGACUGUUAGUUCUGUUUUCUGUCUGAUAGGGCAGGAAGUAUCUGCUGCAGCAAUCUCUAUUUUCAAUCGGACCAAACGUUGCUUUAAGACAACUGGAUCGUCGGGAAGAGAGAUUGAAAUGGCAAAUUUAUCAAACACCAGAAACGCCACAGUCGGAAACUUAUCUUCUCGAGUAGUUUAGUACCCUGAACAGUUUUUAUUUAGCUUAAUUGUAAUUUUAUUAUUUUUUAAUUGUCUUUCCCAGUUUGUGGGCCAGUAACAUAGCUGGUGGGGAGUGGAAGACGCAUUAUACCAAAUAUGUGAAUCUUAAGACAUCACUUAGGCAAACAUUUUGUUACUUUUCUUACAGUAUAUCCACAAAAUGCUUUUCACGAACGUUAUCUUAAUUGCGCUCCACCAAAGUUAAACGUAAAAGUUAGGCCAUUCAUUUUGUGGCACGCUUAGAGGAAUAAUAGUUUUUUGUGAAAUUCAAGUGUGAAUUGUUGUUCAAGAUCAGUAGUGGUGUUAAAAUCAAAUAUUACUCGGACAUGAGCUAUUUCUAGAGCUCCUUGGUAUGUUAUCGGUAAUGAGGCAGAAACAACAAAAUGAGGCGAAAACAUUGAGCUUGAGACAUAAAUGACAAUUUUUCGGAGUUAAGGAAGCAAUGGUGCUUCAAAACGUCUAUUUCCCAAGCGGAGAAGAUUACAAAAUAGGUGUUAUUCCACUUGAGCCUGCGAUAAUAUGUCAAGAAGGCCAGCACAUUGGUGAAGACAAUGCAGGAUCCCUCCUAAGUUCAGGACAAAAGUGAUGAAGUUAAGACAUGCUUUAAGAUAGGACGGUCUCCUUGUGUGCUGGUUGAGACAUUAAAAGUUUGGGAGUUCGGAGUCGGAAUUUUGGGAGCAUGAUAAGAGAUCUUCGGGAAUAUUACGUAGUGAUCUCCUGAGGCUAACAUUACACCAGAGAAAUUUACAAACGAAGCUUUAUUUCUUUGAUCCACACUUAUCCGUCACGAAAACGGAGAAAUUGGAAAACGAUGACUUGCGAUAAUCAUGUGAUUUCAUCGUCCGAGUUUCCCUCAAACACAAAUCCAAAAUUGCGCAUUUAUAGUGUGGACGAAAAACAUUUGAUGAAUUUCCAGAAUUGAAACGUCGUUUUCAAAGUUCUCCGGCGUAAUGUGCACGAGGCCUAAGACUUGCGUGAAGAGGCUCUUAUGACUUAGGAUAAUUUCGUAAAUAUGGACCCAGUCGCGCAAUAUUUUUACAGUUAAUGCCUGGAAUUUAGCUGCCGAUAGUUUCCAGCACUUUCCUGCACUUAUACCGUUAAGAUCCGAAGGAAACAACUUCUCUCCCACGAGGAAUAUAACAGCCCUUCGAAAAUAGUGAUUGUUUUUAAGGACUGUUGAUGAACUGUAAAAGUAGCGAGGCUCCAACAUUGAAGUAAUGACACUCCGAAAAUAGCGAUCUCAAGUGUAAUUUGACUUUCUGGAAAAUAAAUGCGAGAAAUAAAUUAAAAGAUACAAAAAAAAAAAAAGAAAAAAAAGAAAGAAACCCAUUAUUUUGCCCUGUUGCGACGCAAUUAUACAGUUGAACCUCGUUGUCUCCAACUCAAAUCAUUUUCCCUUGGACAUUUGUUUUCAUCCAUUUACUAUUUUUCGUUUCCCUUAAUAACUCAAGAUAUGCUAAGAUAACAGGCUUCAACUGUAGUAAGACGGAUCGACUCGGAUUAAGAACAAGUUUUCGUAGAAACCACCCACCAUAACGGCAACGGAGUUUCUCGGUUUUAAGAAGAUGCUGCAUGGAAUCGGGGUCUAAUUAAAUUUUGGCGUUAACAAGUUA